CUUACCACGUAACCAUGCUGGCCACAGAAUCACAAUCAUCCUGCCUCAGUUUCAUGAUAAGUGCUGGAAAUUUGGGUGUGUGCCACCAUGUCACGCACAUCCUCUGAACUUGCAUUAUGAUCCUGGACUUGUUGUGGUGAUGGUAAACUUAGCAGUGGGAGAACAGAUCCUAUUCCAAUUGUUGUCAAGUAUGAUGUCAUGGGCAUGGGUCGCAUGGAAAUGGAGCUUGAUUAUGCUGAAGAUGCUACCGAACGGCGUCGUGUCCUAGAAGUAGAAAAAGAAGACACAGAAGAGCUGAGACAAAAGUACAAGGAUUAUGUUGACAAAGAGAAGGCAAUUGCCAAAGCCUUGGAAGACCUCAGAGCCAACUUUUACUGUGAACUCUGUGAUAAACAGUAUCAGAAACAUCAGGAAUUUGACAAUCACAUCAACUCCUAUGAUCAUGCACACAAGCAGAGAUUAAAAGAUCUCAAGCAGAGAGAGUUUGCCCGAAAUGUUUCUUCAAGAUCCCGCAAGGAUGAGAAGAAACAAGAAAAGGCCCUUCGGCGUCUCCAUGAGUUGGCAGAGCAAAGAAAACAAGCUGAAUGUGCACCUGGAAGUGGUCCCAUGUUCAGACCAACCACAGUGGCUGUAGAUGAAGAAGGUGGAGAUGAGGAUAAAGAUGAGUCAGCUACAAGCAGUGGCACAGGUGUCACUGCCACUUGUGGCCUGGGAUCUGAACUCUCCACAGAUAAAGGAGGUCCCUUUACUGCAGUACAAAUCACUAAUACCACUGGACUGGCACAGGCUCCCGGGUUAGCUUCCCAAGGCAUCAGCUUUGGCAUUAAGAAUAAUCUGGGGACCCCACUGCAAAAAUUAGGAGUAUCAUUUUCCUUUGCCAAGAAGGCUCCUGUCAAGCUUGAAUCAAUAGCAUCAGUUUUCAAGGACCAUGCAGAGGAAGGAACCGCUGAAGAUGGAGCAAAACCUGACGAGAAGGGUUCUGAUCAAGGACCUCAGAAGGUGGGAGAUGCUGAUAGUAGCAGUAAUCUUGAUGGUAAAAAAGAAGACGAAGACCCUCAAGAUGGCGGGUCCCUUGCCUCAACAUUAUCCAAGUUAAAAAAGAUGAAACGAGAAGAAGGAACUGGAACUACAGAGCCAGAGUAUUACCACUACAUCCCCCCAGCACACUGCAAAGUAAAACCUAAUUUUCCCUUCUUACUCUUUAUGAGAGCUAGUGAACAAAUGGAAGGUGAUAAUAGUACACACUCAAAGAAUGCUCCUGAGAGCAAAAAAAGCAGUUCUCCUAAGCCUAAAGGCUGUGUUAAGGUGGUAGCAAGCCAAGGCGCAGAAAAGACAGUUAGUGAAGUUUCUGAGCAGCCAAAGGAUACUACUAUAGCCGAGCCCUCAGAGCCUGGAAGCAAAACUGAGACAAAGAAGGUCUCGGGAGGGGAUGUAAAUGAGAAGAAUUUAGAGAAUCUGAGUCAGAAGGCUUCAGAGAUUCAAAUGUGUGAAUCUAAUCCUUCUAAAGAAACCUCUCAGUCCACCCCAGCAGGGAGAGCUAGCCAGGAAGGACCCAAACAUCCUUCUGGUCCCUUCUUCCCAGUUUUGAGCAAAGAUGAGAGCACUGCCCUCCAGUGGCCAUCAGAACUAUUAAUUUUCACCAAGGCAGAACCCUCCAUUUCCUACAGUUGUAACCCUUUAUACUUUGACUUUAAGCUUUCGAGAAACAAAGAAACCAGAGCUAAAGGGACAGAAAAACCAAAGGAUAUAGGAGCCUCCUCAAAGGACCAUCUCCAAGGCCUUGAUCCUGGUGAGCCUAAUAAAAGCAAGGAAGGAGGAGAGAAAGUAGUACAUUCCUCAGAAGGCAGAUUAGAUACACCUGCUUCAGGACCUGCCUGUAGCAGCUUGAACAAGCAGGAGCCUGGGGGUAGCCAUGGGUCAGAAACUGAAGAUACAGGGAGAAGCCUUUCUAAUAAGAAAGAACGAUCUGGGAAGUCCCAUCGACACAAGAAGAAAAAGAAACACAAAAAAUCCAGCAAACACAAACGGAAACACAAGGCUGACACAGAAGAGAAAAGCUCUAAGGCAGAGUCUGGGGAGAAGUCUAAGAAGCGCAAGAAACGAAAACGAAAGAAGAAUAAAUCAUCAGCCCCAGCAGAUUCUGAACGAGGGCCCAAACCAGAACCCCCUGGAAGUGGCAGCCCUGCCCCACCCAGAAGACCACGACGGGCCCAAUAUGACUCCCAACGGAGAUCCCUCCCUGCUGAAGAAGGAAGUAGUGGCAAGAAGGAUGAAGGUGGGGGUGGCAGCAGUUCUCAAGAUCAUGGUGGGAGGAAACACAAAGGUGAACCUCCAACUUCAUCCUGCCAGCGAAGAGCUGGCACCAAACAGAGCAGUCGUUCUAGCCAUCGGAGUCGACCCAGUAGUGGAGAUGAGGAUAGUGAUGAUGCUUCAUCACGCAGGCUGCAUCACCAGAAGUCUCCAUCCCAGUACAGUGAAGAGGAGGAAGAAGAGGAGGAGGAGGAGGAAGAUGAAGACUCAGGCAGUGAGCAUUCUCGCAGUCGCUCACGGUCUGGCCGGCGCCAUUCCUCACACCGUUCCUCCCGGCGUUCUUACUCAAGUAGUUCAGAUGCUUCUUCAGACCAGAGCUGCUAUAGUAGACAGCAUAGUUACUCUGAUGACAGCUAUAGUGACUAUAGUGACCGAUCACGAAGGCACUCUAAGCGUUCUCAUGACUCGGAUGACUCAGACUAUGCCAGUUCCAAGCACCGGUCCAAACGACACAAAUACUCAUCAUCUGAUGAUGACGACUAUAGUCUCAGUUGUAGCCAGUCCCGAAGUCGAUCUCGGAGUCAUACCAGGGAGCGCUCAAGAUCCCGGGGCCGAAGCCGCAGUAGCAGCUGUAGUCGUAGUCGAAGCAAGAGGAGAAGCCGCAGCACCACAGCCCACAGCUGGCAGCGGAGCCGGAGCUAUAGCCGGGACCGUAGCCGCAGUACCAGGAGCCCUUCCCAGAGAUCAGGCUCUAGGAAGGGAUCAUGGGGUCACGAGAGCCCUGAGGAGAGGCGUUCUGGCCGUCGGGACUUCAUUCGUUCAAAGAUCUAUCGCUCUCAGUCCCCCCACUAUUUCCGAUCUGGCCGAGGAGAAGGUCCUGGGAAGAAAGAUGAUAGCAGAGGAGAUGACAGUAAGGGGACAGGCCCACCCUCCCAGAACAGUAUCACUGGCACAGGAAGGGGUCCAGAAAGUGACUGCAGCCCUGAAGAUAAGAACUCUGUAACUGCCAGACUGCUACUAGAGAAGAUCCAGGCCAGGAAAGUAGAGAGGAAACCCAGUAUGAGUGAGGAGGUGCUGGUCACCCCUAAUAAAGCUGGGCUCAAGCUCAAGGACCCACCACAAGGUUACUUUGGACCCAAGCUGCCUCCUUCUCUUGGCAAUAAGCCUGUCCUUCCACUAAUAGGGAAGCUCCCAGCUACCAGAAAGCCCAACAAGAAAUGUGAAGAGUCUGGCUUGGAAAGGGGGGAAGAGCAAGAACAGUCAGAGACAGAAGAAGGGCCCCCAGGGAGCAGUGAUGCCCCAUUUGGGCAUCAGCUCCCCUCAGAGGAAACAGCUGGCCCUUUAUCAGACCCACCCCCAGAAGAGCCAAAGUCUGAAGAACCUACUGCUGAUCACUCUGUGGCUCCACUAGGCACUCCAGCACACUCAGACUGCUACCCUGGGGAUCCAACCAUUUCCCAUAACUACCUCCCUGACCCCAGCGAUGGGGACACCCUAGAGUCCCUGGAUAGUGGCAGUCAGCCAGGCCCUGUGGAAUCCAGCUUGCUGCCUAUAGUACCAGACCUUGAGCAUUUUCCUGGUUAUGCACCACCUAGUGGGGAACCUAGUAUUGAAUCAACAGAUGGGGCUGAGGAUGCUUCACUGGCUCCCUUGGAGAGCCAGCCCAUCACCUUCACCCCCGAGGAAAUGGAGAAGUACAGCAAGCUCCAGCAGGCUGCGCAGCAGCACAUCCAGCAGCAACUUCUGGCCAAGCAAGUAAAGGCCUUUCCAGCCUCAGCAGCCCUGGCCCCAGCCACACCAGCCCUGCAGCCCAUCCACAUUCAGCAGCCAGCCACAGCCUCUGCCACGUCUAUCACAACUGUUCAGCAUGCCAUCCUACAACAUCAUGCUGCAGCUGCUGCCGCCGCCAUUGGCAUUCACCCCCACCCUCAUCCCCAGCCGCUUGCCCAAGUACAUCAUAUUCCCCAGCCCCAUCUGACCCCUAUUUCCUUGUCCCACCUUACUCAUUCAAUCAUCCCUGGCCACCCUGCAACCUUUCUCACUAGCCAUCCCAUCCACAUAAUUCCCGCCUCAGCCAUCCAUCCUGGGCCUUUCACCUUCCACCCUGUCCCACAUGCCGCCCUAUACCCUACCCUGCUUGCCCCACGGCCUGCUGCAGCAGCUGCCACUGCCCUCCACCUUCACCCACUACUUCACCCCAUCUUCUCAGGUCAGGACCUGCAGCACCCCCCUAGCCAUGGCACAUGAGUUGGGAGAUGGGAGCCUAGGUAGGGCCAGAGAAGGUAACCCAUAAUUCUUUCCUUGGGGGUGUUGAGCCAUUAAUACCAGCAAGUAAUAGCUGGGAUGGGCAGUGUCUGACAGCCAAAGAAUUGAGGUUUUUGGCUUGCAGAAAUGGGUUAGGUUUGAGGUUUGCUUUGGGUUUACUAUCAGGGAUUUUUUUUUUUUUUUUUUCCUCUUUGGUAUAUGUCCUUCCUCUUCUAUGUUUCUAAGUUAGGGAACACCAGUAAGUGCUACCCACUUAAACUGCAGCAACAUCUGUCAAGUUUAGAUAGUCCCCUCCUCUACUUUUUAGCCUCUGCUCUUCAUUUCUAUAAAUUUAAAAUUUUUCCUCCUCUCUGGUGGGUUGUCACCAAAGCACUUGCCAUGGGCCCAUCUGGUCCUGCCUUCUCAGUGCCAUAGGAAGGCCAAGCUGUCUUUCCAAUGGUGAAGGUUCCACCAGUGUCUUUUGGAGUGUCUUUGACCAUCCCUCGAUGACACGUUAUCCCAGGCGAGGUGGAAAAGGGAGUCUGACCUGGAACCAGAAGCAACUCAGGCUGCAAUUUGAUCCACUUCCCAUACAAACAGAGCCACACAUUUGACACUAUUGUCCUCACAGUCCCUCAUCCCAGAAGAGACAUCUGCAUAUCCCAGAAAAGAAGAUCCUAUCAUGAAUAGAAGCUUUGUGGAACAUAGAGUCUCCAUGUGCUUCCCCAGAGAGGAGCUCAUGUGUCUGAAGGGUAUAUUUUCUUCUGUUGUGUUGAUGUUUUCUUCUUAAUUUAUAGGAUUUUUUAAAAUGUAAAAAUUGCACUGAACUCUAUAAACUUAAAUGCUGCUUUUUGUAGCUUAUAUUAAAAAUUCCAUAUUUGUAGUAUACUGCAAUAAUAUUUUUUACAUCCAGCUCUUUAAGUGAUCCUUGUUCUGGUGGCUUUGUGUAAAUAUGUUUGCCCUAGUUGAAUUAAGAAACUUUAAAGGUUAUAAAAUGGAAACAAAAAAAAUAAAGUAUUUGUUUUCUGCUAGAUGCAAAAAUGACUAAGCAUGUAUAUUUUAUCAAGCUCAUGUAUUUUUUGAAGUUAUGAACUAUAAAAAUGUUAAAACUUUUUUUUCUGGGAUAAAAUAUUAAGUAAUUUGCAGUAAGUGGUGCCCUCAGAACUGGGACUUUAGAGUUAAUGGGCAGCAGUCAGCUGCAGGUGUCAGAGGGAUGCUCAGCUGUGAUGGUCUCCCUUGUGUUUUGUACAGAGAAACAGGUGAACCCCACCGUGGAGGGGAGGAGUCAGCAGCUUAUUCUCUGGAAGCAGUGAGAUUCAGUGAUUGUCUUGGUUAGGGGGGAAGUGUGGAUUCCUGGGUUCCCCUGGGACCUUAUUCCAGGCAGUCCAUUUGCCUUCCUAGUAUUUAGCCCCCUCUGACAGUUUCUUAAUGUGCCUUUUGGGUUGGCUAGAAACUGAAGUAGAAGUAGACCAGAGGAUAGUAAGAGCUGGGACAGUUUUCUCCUCCUGUUGUUGGGAGGUGAGCACACUUACAAAUACUUCAGAUUCUUUGCUUCAUACUUACAUGCUGUCAACCCAGCUCAGUUUCAGCAGUAAAGGUUCAUUUUUCCUUUCUUCUAUGAUACUGACCAGAGGAAUUACCACCUCAGCCUUUUGUUUCCCUCUUACUGUCUUUCACCCAGGCUCUCAGCCCUUGUUAACACACUGACCCAAAGGUGCUUGUAUUGCAGGCCCUAUAUCUUUUGUUGUAGUUAGUGGUUUUCUCUUUGGCGUGUUCCUACCUAUUCUUGUGACUAGAAUUGGUUGAGUGGUCAACUGACAGGAAAAAAAAAAAUCUGUACUUAGCUGAGCCAAGACUGUGUUCAUGUCUUUCUUCUCAAAUGCUCAAAAUUUGAGUUUAUGAGAAGCAAGUGCUGGGCAAACAGGCUCUUGGCUGAGUCCCCCUUCCUACCUAUUCAGUGCUCCUUGUCUGAUUAUAAAUAUCACUUUUUGGAUAACUAUCAUUGGAAAAAUGAAAUUAUUUGUUUGAAGUGAAGGGACUCAUUUUUCUUUGCUUUCAGCCCAUGUAAAUAUUUAAAUAAUACAGUAUUAACAUUUUUGUGCUGCUUCCCAUUAGCUUGUAGAUUGAGCCAUACUUUGGCUGCCUCUCUGCCUUCCUGGGGGCAGUUUUCUUUAAAUUCCAGAAUAGUAAUUUUAAAACUUAAAAAAAAAAAAAGAAAAGAAAAGAACCUAUCCUUACUUACAAGCAUAACAUUGUAUUUAACUUUAUCACGUAUGAUAGAGAUACAUAUGCUGUAAAAUGAGGGAAAGGAACUUUCUAAUAAACCAAUGAUUUGUGGAAACUUA